UGGAACAGCGCGCGUAGGCUAUGUUUUGCUUUGCACAAAUUUGUUCUUAUCUAGCCGUUUUUGCAUUAGAUUGUGCUCUUGCAGCUCACAUUAUUGGCGUACCUAGUAUAGGGUUAAGUCAUGGUCGAGUUUUGGGAAAGAUUGGUCGUGAACUUGCAAGACGCGGUCACAAAUAUACCCUUCUUGUACCAUCUGAUCUUGAAAAAGACCUUCAAGCAUCAAGCACCACGCAAGGAUUCCAAGUGCGAUCUUUUAAAUCCAACUUCACUAAGGGUUCAUUAGAAGCUCUGAUGUUGAAUCAAAGUGUUGGGAACAUUGAUGUGAAGAAGAAUCUUGAGUUAUGGGUAGGGACUUGUGAAGACAUGGUAAAGAGUGACUUGUAUUCCAAAAGUUUGGAUGAUAUUGACCUGAUGUUUUGUGAUAUUGGCGCGCUUUGCUGCCCUAUCUUGGCCGAUAAACUUGGAAUCCAACGAGUUGAUAUAUCUCCGACUGGAUUUAGCGAUCCUUUUCUCAGCAUCAUUCACAACUUUCCCAAUCCAGUUGCAUACAUUCCUCAAAUGUCUUAUUGGUUGCCUAGCAGACUGUCUUUCUUUGGUCGUGUUCAAAACACCUUAAUGUAUGGUUUUGGGUAUACACUUUAUAGAUUCUAUUUGAUUCCGUCAUAUGCAGAGGUCUGGCAAAAGUAUAUCCCCAAUUCAAAGUUCCUAAAUUUGGAUGAACUUUUCAAGUCAACAGGUUUGUUACUUAUUCCAACAGAUUUUAUUUUGACAAAGCCACGCCCAGUGGCGGCACAUGUUAAGGUGAUAGGUGCAAUACUGCCAGAACCAGCCAAGCCACUGACACCAAGUUUCCAGGAACUGAUUUCAUCUAGUCAUCAUAAUGAUGUGGUUGUAGUAUCGUUUGGAACAGUAAUUUCUAACUUCAGUUCCAGUUUUGUAGAAAUUCUUGCUGAUGCCUUGUGCAAGCUUCCUGCUUUGGUGAUCUGGAAACACAAGGGGUCAGUACCAUCCAACCUUGGAGAAAAUGUAAAAAUAUUUUCAUGGAUUCCUCAAAACGACCUACUGGGUCAUCCAAGGACAAAACUCUUCAUAACACAUGGAGGGUUAAACAGUGUUUAUGAGGCUACUUUUCAUGGUGUACCGAUGGUUGUAAUACCAUUUUUUGCUGACCAGUUUGACAAUGCCGCAAAUGUAAGACAAGCUGGUUUUGGAGAAACAAUUGAUCUCAAGAUUCUGACAGCAGAAAGGAUAAUUGAAACUGCUACAAAAGUUCUUAAUCAAGAAUCAUAUAUUGAAAAUGCUGUGAGAUUUUCCAACAGAAUGAUAUACCCUGCAAAGGUUUCAAAGUCGGGUGGCAAAACAUAUGUCCAGCCAUUAACACGUACCCCCACAGAGCAAGCAGCUGAUUGGGUGGAAUAUGGGUUGUAUAACAAUGCUGCCCUUCACUUGCGUGGUGAAGAAGACAACUUGUCAUUUGCACAGCUUUAUCUUUUAGAUGUGUUGGUUUUUCUUCUGAUAAUGUUAUUUUUGAUUUUAAAAGUGAUGUAUAUGGUUGUGAAAUUUGUUGUCAACGUUUUUUGUUGGAGAAAGAAGUCAAAAACUGAUUGAGAAUAUGUAGAUCACUUUCACAAAUCCUUAAAAAAUAUGAAAAUGAAAAAGAAAUCUCACGUUUUCUUGAUGGAAUUUGUGGCAUUAAAUGGUCAAGGUUAUAGAUUUUA